AUGUGCAAGUCUCGGGAAGAGUCGCCCCCCCGGGCCCCUCAGACGCGCCCAGCCCGCACCGCUGUGUAUGACUGGGGGCUCCCCCCGGCGACUGACCAGGCCAGGCACUUGCGGCUUGUGGCGGAAGCUACGCAGGACGACCGACUCCUGCCCCCCAGGGAGGUGAUAGAGAGGUGGCAUGCCCGCGCCGAGGCCUUGAUGCGGGAAGCGUGCAGGCUGGGUCUGGCCGAGACCGCUCGUGGGCAGGAGCGUGACAAAGGUUCGUUGCCAGAGCAGCGGCCGGUCGCGCCGUCGGCGGCGAGGCGGGGUCCGGAAACUGUGCGGUACCGUAGGUUGUGCCGCUUGCAGCGGGUUUUGGAAGAGUCGUGGAAGUCAGCGGAAGUUAGCGUUGGGGGUCCGCCUCCCAGCCAAGCCCCGGCCCCAGGGGCCCUUCUCAGGAGAUGGGUGCCAGCGUUUCGGAGCGGCCUCCUUCCCGCGGUCCCCUUCUGCCUCGGGGGUGCCGCGGACAUUCUCCGAGCCGAAGUUUCGGCCGAGGAGAGCAGAAUGAAAAAGGCGGCCGUGCAUGUCUGGAAGGGUCGUUUCAAGCGGUGGGGACCCGAUGCGGCCAGGGCUGCGGCCCAGAGGGUGAAGCCUCCCCCUGCUCCCGUGACUUUUUCGGCGGCGGACAUGCGUGCCGAGUGGUCACGGCACUGGUGCCCAGGCGCCCUCCCAGGCCCACCCUUGCAGGGUGACCCAGGUCCCGGGCGGGGGAGGGAGGCGGGGGAAGUGGUCGAUCCCCUCGCCUUUGCGGAGGCGUGGACGGAGCUCGCGGACGCAGCCGGCGUGCCGGUGGUGCAUCCCCCCCACAGGUGGAUACCGCCCUCUCGGGCGGCGUUCCGGCAGCAGGUGGCGAACGUCGCGGGCUCGGCCGGUCUGGACGGCUGGGAGGCCAGCGAGGCAAAGGCGCUCGUGGAGCACGCCCCGUGGUUGGUAGACGAGUUGCACGAUCUGUUCGUCGCGGCCGCAGAGGCCAGCGUCGAGGGGGACUCCAGCGGGAGACCCGGUCUGCUGCCGCGUGCUUUCCCUCGUGCUGGCGCCGUGGCACCGGCUGGUGGGCGCCCGCGGGGCCGGCCACUGGAGCUACGUGGACGACCGGUCGCUUAA